AGUACAGUUGAAGACCUAAAAACGCCAUCGAUAACGGAAAAAAUGGAAGAAGGUGCGGAAGAUGACAAAGACAACGCUGAUAAUGAUAACGGUGAUAACGAUAGCAUUAGCAGUAGUAGUGAUGCUGGGACGUGGUUGAAUGAAGAUAACGUAGAUGAAAUUUUGGGGCACAUUGGUGAGGUAGCAGUGCCCGAAAGAAAUAUGAAGGUAGCUUGCAUAACGACCGAUUUUGCCAUGCAGAACGUGCUGCUUCGUUUGGGCCUCAAUCUGCUGAGUAUUGACGGAUACAGAAUACGGCAACUGAAAUCCUACAUUUUGAGAUGCCGUGCAUGUUUCGCAACCACAACGAUCAUGACGAAACGUUUUUGUCCACGCUGUGGCAACAACUGCUUGCAUCGCGUCGCUGUAACUGUCAAUGAAGAUGGUACCAUGCAGCUGCACAUUAAUUGGAAGAGGCUGCAGUCAGCGCGUGGUCUUAAAUACUCUCUGCCAGCGCCACAAGGUGGAAAACACGCAGUUGGGCCACAAUUGUUCGAAGAUCAACCCAUACCCCAAAACAGAAUGGCUCACUGUCAUGCAGAUCCACUGGAAACUGGUCCGUUCACAAUGAACGAUGUUACAAGCAGUGCACGAUUCCACCUGGCUGUUUGUUUUAGAUCGGCGCUUUUGGGUCUUCGUUCGUUGCAAAAAGUCGUGGGACGAAAUCCAAAUGUACGGACGCGAGGAAGAAAACGAGGGAACAAACGGCGCUGA